UCAAGUGUCUUUCAAUAGCUCCAAAUGGAGCUGAACAAUUCGGAUGCCUCCGAAGAUGGCGUCAGUAUAUCCGCCGAUUGGAGGGGUUCCGGUGACGAGGCUCCCGUCGAGUUCAGCGUUCUCCCAUCGGUAGAUUCUCCAUCCAACUUCCGGCGUGGAUCAUUCAAAUCAGGUUCCGCUCCUGUUCCGCAACACCGUGCCAAGCUCCGACGGUAUGCGACUGACGAAUCUAGCUGGAGGAUCGAGGAAGAUUCGAGCCACUACAAUGGCGCAAAUGCUCCCAAAACAGCUCAAAAGAAAUCAAUAAAACAGCGAAUGAAGUUAUUAAAAAAAGCAUUGAAAAAACAGACAAAAAUAAGUGCGACUUUAGCAGAAAAACUUAAACUGUCAUCAGAAACGAGGCAGCGUUCUCAAUGUGCAACGGUUUCCAAUACUGACGAUUUCCGCAAUGUCAUGAAUUCUACUUCUAAUGAAAUGCCAAAUACAAGACAUAAUAGUGUUUCGAAUGAAUCUUCAUUACUCAGUUGCAUGAAUAACUUUUCAAUUGCAUCCCUCAAUGUACCGGAAUGUAAAUCCUCUGAUGGAGACGAAGAGAUUGACAGAAAAACGUUUGAGAAAUGGAAAGACACGCCAGAAGCUUCUAUACAACUGGUUUUAAGCUUGAUGGUACAGUAUCUGCCCAUGAUUUUCCAAACCCAGUGA